UAGUUUUCAAAAAAAUAAAACGGAGGACGGGUCUGUUAGGAAAACUAUUCUUUAUUUGCUUGUUGCGAUUGCGUAUAUCGUUCACAUUUUCGCUUCAUAUUAAGAUAAUCCACUCGAAAACGACCCGUAACCGUUAAGUUACUGUUUUUGUGAAUGUAAAGCAAGCGAACGCCAGUCAUGUUGCAUUUAAGGAAUAUGACGCCUGGCAAGGUUUCUAAGCAAGCUUCAGCAGCAGCAUCCAAGAUUAAACAUAAGAUGCUUAACACCUCCUCCUUCUUCAAGAUCUCCCUGAAGACCAACAACAAGGCCCUGGCCCUAGCCCUGCAGGCUGAGAAACAGAGGAGCAUGAUGCUGGAGAUGGAGAUUGUCAAGCUGAGGAAGCAAGUGGAGUCGCUGUGCUUUGAGCUAGCCACCAGAAAGUACAAGCACAGGAAACUGCUUGUCAUCUUGAAGAAUCUGCACAGCAACACGCUGCAUCACUUGGACAUGGUGACAGAAUUAUUCCAUGACAGCGAUGUCUGCAAACUAUCUGACGACCACAACAUCCUCGCUGAUGAUCUUAACAAACCACUAGUUGCAAGCCUUCCAGCUCUUCAGGAAGUCGUGAAGGAUUCAGUGUACCUCUGUCCAGAAACACCAGCAGACUUUUGUAAGGAUGACAUGUCUUGGGGCGUCCUCUCCAGAUCCGAAAAUUCAACUAAUUGCAACGGAAAGAUCAACAGCGAGAAACAGCAAUCAAACCAGGAAGUCCUCCAAUUGAAAUCAUCUCUCCCGUCCAGCUCCUUAAGGAAUUACGCGGAGAAGCUCCCAGUUAUGUUCUCGCAGUCCAACGAUGACAACACAUCAUCUGUCCCAUGUCAAACAUUGUCAGAUGUCACUGCGGCUGAAAUGCCCACAAACUCCGCUGAUGUCAUCCCUCCUUGUGUCUCUGUAAUGGAGGCAGAACUACAGGAAAACACUGUGGUCUUCAAUUCAACCAUGGAGUUAACUUGUACUAACACUGCUGAGAUUAUAGCCAUUGACGCAGCGGUGGAAAAAAACCCUGUAAAAUCAAAACGCAAGAAGAGGGGGUUAAAUCUCAAGGACAGUGCAAUGUCAAGGAACAAAAACAAAGAAAACCUUGCAUCUAAAGGCUCUAAAAACACUCAAGUAAGUCCUCCUCAGUCAGGAAAACCCAAAUCUUGCAGUGAAACCACCUCCCGUAUUCCUAAAAUGACAAAGUCUAAAGGUGGCGACCAUCAGAAGGUGAAAAGCACCAAGCCCAAGAUGGAUGCUGUGGAUUUGGUCAGUAGUGCCUGGGAUGAUUUUUUCACCAAUAAUGACAUCCUUUCUUCCAAAUCCAAAGAAGGCGAGAAGUUAACUGCAGAGAAAGAGUCCCCAGAAAUAAAAAGAUUCACCAUCACUACUAAGAGGCCCAGGAAGCAAAGUAAAAGGCUAUCAUCAGUUACAAGGCUGGUGUUGUCACCUCAUGACACAGAGAGCGGCAGGUCCAAGGUGGAUCAUGACGAGCAGGAAACAGUCGGUAUAAUUUCACCUGGAGAGUUGGCGACUGCCAACGAACCACUGAAUAAUGCUGCGAUGUCUGCAGGGCGUCACAACACAAGAUGCAGAGGGACAUUUGUAAUCUCUGUGGAUCGCACUGCACUUGCUAGAGAGGAAUCAGAAAAGUUACUUGAUGACUUCAUUUCUUGCGAAGGAACCACCCAGGAAUCGGAACAUCGAUUGAGCAGAGACAGAAGACCUGUCUCGGAAAGCCUUCAGGUGGACUUGCAUGGCAGUGGACACCAUGACAACAUCCCACCUCUGGAGGAGGUCUUUGCUGCAGGCUCUGAGUUUCAGAAGCCCCAAAAAGCAAGGAGAGAGGUUACAAGUGGAUCCAGGAGGAAGAGAGUUGAGGAUGAAUGUGAAGAUUACUCCGCGGACAAGAAACACAAGACCAAACAUUGCUAUGACAGCAAUAUUUCUCCAGCGGAUGUUGUAGGUUGUCAUCCGGAUCCUACAGAAGAUCUUUUCUUUAAAGAAUUUGCAUUAUUGGAUAAUCCUGCCAACCUGCAUGCUGAAAAGGAUGACAUUUUUGCGCCAAAGUCCAAACAGACCAAGUCAAAGUCCACGAAGAAUCGCAAUUCUAAACCGCUGCAAAAGGUGUCCAAACUGCCUGUGCUGGAUGACACCAGAAAUCCCAGACAGAGGUUUGUCAUCUCCAGGCGAAAGACACCAGAUUGGGCUGCACUGAGCUACACGAGAACACGGAACGAGACGGGCGAUGAAGCAGCUUGUCAACAUCUGGGAGACCUGAUCACCGAUGAGCAGCCGGUGUGGUUGAACAUCUCCGUGGCCAACACGGAACCGGAGUCUUUGCCCUGUAGUCCAAAAUGGCGAUCACCAGGCGGACGCGGAGUCACAAUGGAGAUCCCCUCCAUCACACCUGAAUCUUCUCCAGGACGAGUCCUAAUGUCACUCACCAAUACCAUUGCCACUCCAGAUCAGGAAAACCAAGGCAGGAGCAGACGCCACAAGGGCGUGGUCAGUUACAAGGAGCCGGCCCUCAACAGCAAAGUAAGGCGUGGAGACAAAUUUACAGACACCAUGUUCCUGAGCUCUCCUGUUUAUAAAAAUGAGAAGAAGAAGAAGAAGAAGCAGAGAAAGUCUAAAGACUGAUUUUUUACUUUUUAUUAAAUGUGUGGUUUCAAACAUUUAUUUUGAUGGCUGUUUAGAUUGGACUCUUGUUUAUUAGUAAACAUGACCGCCAAGAGGUCGUUCCAUCAUCAAUGAUUCAGUUCACUUUGUUCACCCGAGACGUCGCCUUUUGUCUCUCCUGGAAAGGUCAUCACAUUCAGUCCAGUCCUGCUGGACACACAACCUAUCUAACAUGUAAACAUUCUGUAUUUCCUGUGUAGAACUGUCUGGUAAGUACACAUGCAUACUUUUUGUUGUUGUUUUUUUUUUGCAUAAG